AUGCGUAGAGUUAAUCUUUCAGGACAGCUACUACCAUUUGAUCCAGAGAUUGACAAGACCUUUCUGAGGAGAAGGAAUUUACAGAAAGCUUUCCAAGCAGCAAAAGAAUCCUCAGGAAUAGUCGAUAAACUGCUGAAAGAUUAUGCGACACCAUAUGCACGAGGGGUCCAAUCCAGUAUCACCCGACCACCCAUCGAUGCUAACAACUUUGAGAUCAAGCCCGCAGUAAUCCACAUGGUCCAGCAAAAUCAAUUCGGAGGAGGACCAUACAAAGACCCGAAUCAUCAUCUAGAGUUGUUUUAUGCAAUUUGUGGCACGAUGAAGGUGAAUGAGGUUCCUCCAGAAUCGGUGAGACUACUUUUUUUCGGAUUUUCUCUGAAAGACAGGGCCAAGCAGUGGCUGAAUUCUCUACCAGCAGAUAGCAUAUCGUCUUGGGAGCAAUGUGAGCAGAAAUUCUUAGACAAGUUCUACCCUCCAAGAGGAGCACUGAUGAAAAAAAGUCUUGAUAAAGUCGAAGAGAUAAUAGAGAAUGUGGCGCUAAACCACCAUCAGUGGGCAUCUGAAAGAUCUAGCGGUGCUUUCUCAGGAAAUCAGAUGAAGGCGUCAAGGAAAUUCGAGGUGGAUGCAUUCACACUCAUAUCUGCGAAGUUGGACGCCCUGACUAAGAAAUUUGAAGCCAUGGGUAGCAACACAGCUAAUGUAAUAGUUUGUGCUUGCGACAUCUACGGAAGUGCGGACCAUGCUCACGACACUUGCCCCCUUGGGCCAAUGCAAGCACAGAUAAACUAG